UCACAACCCAACUACCUGUCUAUCUCCACACAGCUUCUCGUCAAGUUGUCAUUGUAGCGUGGGGAAGCAAAAUCAAAUAGCUCUGGUUUCGCUAUAAGCAAUUCAAUCAGCAUUAAUAUGAAAACAUAAUAUAAAAUAAGUUUUGUUGCUCACAGACUAAGUCAACAAACAAGUUUUGCAAAUUGAUUGAGUUCAGUAGAUAUAAUUAUAAAGGUGUGUUGCACUCAAUCGUGAGCGUUGGCUUAGGGCAGGCAGCGCCACCUUGCCUGGGCCUCGGCAUCAUGAUUUGGAGAGUAGGGUGGCCCGUUCCUUUCCCCGCUGCAUAGUACGUUACUACUUCUGUUUAUGCAUGUUCCUUAAAUUUGUAAUAACUUAAUCAGUUAUCUGCCUUAAUCAUAAUUCCAACACUGUACUUCCUUUUGGCGAUCCAUCAUUCGCCAAACUCAAGGAGUUACGUAAUACACUCCACAACAGGGAUGCAGCAGAACUGGAGCGGAGCGGGAGCCGGGAGUGUGGGACCGUUGUGGGUGCACACCCCUCCGUUCACAUACAGUCCACUGGAGCUCUCUCUGCUGUCAAAUUAUCACUUGAAUGGAUUACAAGCACAACGUUCCUUGACGUUACUGCCACUGUGAAUGCUUCCACUGAAAUCCAUGUGAUGGCAUUUGAUCGAACCAGGAUUGGAGCGAGACCGGAGAGUGACCGUCACUAUAAUAUCAAUUAUGAUAUAAAAAGUAAGAUAAGACGACGAAACGUUUUGAGCACGGUCCUGUGUGUGUAUUUGUAUGGCUGAGUAAGGAUGCCAGCGUAAGGUAUAGUCAGGGAACAUCUAUAUUAUGGCGCGUCACUGUUCGGAAGACCAGGACGGCAACGUUCCACUUCCAGAGUUCCUUGACUUCACCUCAGAGAGAGAGAGAGAGAGAGAGAGAGAGAGAGAGAGAGAGAGAGAGAGAGAGAGAGAGAGAGAGAGAGAGAGAGAGAGAGAGAUUGUAACAGAAAACGAGUUCUCCUAUCAUUUGAGAAAACCGAUUCCUUGGCCAAGUUUUUACAGUAACUCAUGUAUUUUGAAUGAGUGCAGAAGAAAGAUCUAAUUCUCUUCACUAAUUCUAACAAGAUGAUGCAUUGUAUAAUAGUUUAAUAUAAGCCAGUCUUUUAAUAGCACAUAAAAAGAGGCCGCUUCCAUAAGACCGUUCUUUAUAGUAACUAUUACAAAUAAAUAAACAAAAUGUGCUUUGGAGUAAUGGAAAUAACAAUAUAAGAAAAUGUUGUUUAUCAUCAAUUCUUAACUAUAUACUUGUUUCUCAUACGCGAAUUUUUAUUUUUGUGUUGCACGAAAGCACUUGCCAAUUAACAAUUUCAUAUAAUAAACGAUAAAUAAAAUGAUAGGAAAUGAGCUCUGGAAAAAUACUAAUGCAAGAAAAGAAAAAAAAAAGAAAAAACUAUAAGGCUGAAUACAAAACUUCUCACUGUAUUACCACCGGCGUGAAGUUUGGAUGGAAUAUUAGCAGCAGCAGCAGCAGACAGACGAGGAAAGUUAAGUUUUCAUCCUCCAACGUUUCAGGAAAAGCGGCAAUAAUCCUGCAGCAGUGAGGAGCUGUGAGGGGGAGGUUACGGUGUGACGCUCCGGCUCGCCUCUGAUGUGACUGUGUGUUUUCUGUCUCGUCUGUGUGUGGGUGCGUGUGUGUCCAUCUGACUGUCUGCUAACUGUCUGUCUGUCUGUUAGUCAUUCUUAUCCUGUCAUUUGUCAACGAUCCAGGAGAUUCUAUAAAAACUAAACAAGAGGAGGAAUUAUGAUCAGGGAAGCAAGUGACAAACAGCAGUGCAUCAUUCAUCUACACUCACUUAAUUAGCAAGCACACACAGCUCAACACGACCCGUCCUUCCAGCCUCGGUUCGUGAUGGCAACAGCAGGGUGUCGUUGUUUAGGACGUGGGCGGCGGGCGGCGGUGGCGAUGUGUGCGGCAGGGGGUAUGUGGUGUCUGUACGUGCUGGCUACUGGCCUGGCGCCCUCGCUCCUCUGCCACUUCGGUCAGUAAGGUAGAGAGACUUACUGGGUGAAAAAAAAAAACGUAAAUCUGAGAAACAAAAUGAGAAAUAAAUAAAUAAACAAUCGUUCCUUCCUGCAGAGUGCUCAGUGACUGCCUGGCUUCAUCCCCCGCCGCCAGAGAGCGUCAUUUUCCUCCUGCAUCUCCGCCAGGCAGUGCUGCGGCCCCCCCAGCAUCAUCCGCCCUAUCCGAUCACCGCCGCCGAGCUGAAUGACCCGCCGUGGCUGGAGCUCGGCCCCUGGCGCUUCGUGGAGUCCAUCAUCCGCUUACUUUACCGCCGCCAGGUGAGGCAAGGGUGGGUCAAUCCAUUGCUUUUGCUUUGGAUGUAAUUCUUGCUCUUCCUCUUUUUUAUUUAUUUUUUCUAUCUUUCCUUUUUUUCUCUCAUUUCCUUUUUUCUCUUUUGUUUUUGUUCUUCCUCUCCUCUCCUCUCUCUCUCUCUCUCUCUCUCUCUCUCUCUCUCUCUCUCUCUCUCUCUCUCUCUCUCUCUCUCUCUCUUAUUCUCGCUCAUGCUCUCGCUCCCUCCGUCAGUGUAGCUAAGACCCUUCAGGCUUCAGCUGUCCUCCUCUGUGCUUCCUAGCGGCGCGGGGUGUUCGUGGAGGCCGGCGCAGGCUCGGGCGUGUUCAAGUCUCACACGGCGUGGCUGGAGGCGAGUCAAGACUGGACCGGCCUGCUGGUGGAGCCUCGCCCGCAGGCCUUCGCUCAGCUCAGACGCCGUAGGAAGGCCGCCGCUGCCCUGGCGUGUGUCUCUGAUGUAGAAUAUCACAAAAAGGAUGAGAUGUGGUCACCGUUGGGCAUCGAGGACCUACCGCAGCUGUACCGUGACACGGCCCUAGCUCGCACCACCCUCACCAAGUAUGUCGUCGAAGAGGACAAGCCCAGUGGUACUACCUCGCCCGUACAGUGCUUCACCCUCAACGCCCUAGUGACCGCCGCUCUGGGCCGCAAGACCCACGCCAUCGACCUGCUGGUGCUGGACACGGCCGGCGGAGAGCACCGCAUCCUGGCCACGCUGGAGCGUCUCUCUAUCUCGAUGCUUGUGGUGCGGCAUCACGACGAGUCUGACAUGUAUUUCAUCAACGGCACGGCGAACUACCUGCACCUGGAGCCCUUGCCCCGCCUCCUGGCUGGCAGCGGCUAUCUGUUCUUCGCCGACCCCGCCACCAAACAACGCUUGAUGAAUCUAAACCUCACCUCCUUCAUGAUCUGACUCACCAGCUGCAGUCUCCAGUCACCAGACGUUCCCCACGUCACGGCUCGGGUUGCGUCCUCAGUGUUCACGAUUGGGACGAAGUGCAGAGCGGCAUACAAGAGAACUUCAGGGUCAGUUCUUUAGGGCGUUGAGAUUUGCGAUUGAAACAAAAGACAAAUACUAAGACAUUAAGUUAUCGUUGUGUGUGUGUAGACAAGAUAGAAGAUGUCAUAUCUUACAGAUUUUUCUAAUAAUAAUUCACAAAAAA